CUUGGUUGACUUAUUACUUAUCAAAGUGUUAUAAUUCUCUACUUUUUGUAAGCAAGGUUGCUUUCCUAAUGAAGGGACUUAUGAUACUCUGUUUAAUUAAUGGCUCAACCACCUUUUGUCAGCCCCUUUUUUCAAAACUUUUAACAAAAUUUUGGUAAUAGUUAUGUUUGUCUGAAUCUCGAGGUAGAUAGAUUUUGAGAUUGAAAAAGGGUAUUGGUCCAUACCCUUAUGGAAACAGCAGACAUGCAUGCAAUCACAAACUUCCAUUUCUUAAGUUUCUUCUCAACUCUCCACCAUGCAUGUGUAUUAUACCUCUAUAAAAAAACUCUCCAUCUACUAGAAUAGAGAAAAAGCCUCCACAUCUUUUGGCUACUGCAAGAGAAUGGAACAUCUCUACCAAUUCCAACAUUGGCUCUUCUUCAUAGGUCUUUUGUCUCUUGCUCUGUCUGUGAAGGCCAACGGCUUCAAAGGUUCUAAUGAUGGAAGAAGCAUUAACGAAAACCGCACCGCUCUUCCCAGAAAGCUACUACUCUCUCCCGACACAUUUUCAGACAUUGGGGAUGGGACCAACAGGAUUGGACAAGAUUGCUCAAAAGAUGAUAUUGUUCUCUUUCAAGGCUCAACAAAUCCACUUCCAAGUGGAGUUCCUUCAUAUACAGUUGAGAUCUUCAACUCUUGUGUCUCCGAUUGCAAUAUCGCAGAGAUCCACGUCAGUUGUGGCUGGUUCAGCUCGGUCAGACUGGUUAACCCUCGAGUUUUCAGGCGACUCGACUACGACGAUUGUCUGGUUAACGACGGUCAACCUCUUGGUCCUGGACAGACACUCUCCUUUCAAUAUGCUAACAGCUUCUCUUACCCCCUCUCUGUUGCUUCAGUCUCUUGCUUCUGAUUUUAGAAAACUGUAUUUUGGUAUUGUACUUCAUGUAGUGGAUUAGAUUCUAACUUCAUGUAGUAGUUGAAAAAUGUUGCUAAUGUUAUUUUCAAGAAAGAGUUUAUUAAUUUAAUGAUAA